CUCGGUAUUUGCUUCAACUGGGGGCUAUUCGGUAUACUCUGUGUGCAAAUCUAUCUAUACUUCAUCAACUACCCAAAGGACAGGUGGCGGAACAAAUGCCUCGUCUAUGGCCUCUUCGUCUUCGAAACCGCUCAAACGGCUUUGCUUACUCGCGACUCGUUCGCAAUCCUCGGAUCUGGGUGGGGCGACCUCUCUCGGUUAGAUUACCUUGGUGAAAUGUGGCUGAGCGGCCCUUUCAUGAACGGGAUGAUAAGCGCAACGGUGCAGAGCGUUUUCGCCUGGCGCAUAUACCUCCUGGGCAAAUCGAAACUGCUUUCGGUAUUCGUAGUUGCGGUCAGCGCCAUCUUCCUUACUUUGUCACUAAUUUGUCGUAUUCAUUCUAUUUAUUUCUGA